AGUGGGGGGCCGGCGUGCAGCCCCGCGUCUGACAGGAGAGGCGUGCCCGGCCGGCGGCCGUACCUGACAGCGGGAGCGCGGUCCCGGAGUCGCCCGGCCCUGCGAUGGGCCUCCUGUCGGACCCGGUGCGCCGGCGCGCGCUUGCCCGCCUUGUGCUGCGCCUCAACGCGCCGCUCUGCGUGCUGAGCUACGUGGCGGGCAUCGCCUGGUUCCUGGCGCUGGCUUUCCCGCCGCUGACCCAGCGCACUUACAUGUCGGAGAACGCCAUGGGCUCCACCAUGGUGGAGGAGCAGUUUGCGGGCGGAGAGCGUGCCCGAAGCUUUGCCCGGGACUUCGCUGCCCACCGCAGGAAGUCGGGGGCUCUGCCAGUGGCUUGGCUGGAGCGGACGAUGCGGUCAGUGGGGCUGGAGGUCUACACGCAGAGAUUCUCCCGGAAACUGCCCUUCCCAGAUGAGACUCACGAGCGCUAUAUGGUGUCGGGCAUCAACGUGUACGGCAUCCUUCGGGCACCGCGCGCUGCCAGCACUGAGUCCCUGGUGCUCACCGUGCCCUGUGGCCCUGAGUCUACCAACAACCAGGCUGUGGGGCUGAUGCUGGCACUUGCUGCCCACUUCCGGGGGCAGAUUUACUGGGCCAAAGACAUCAUCUUCCUGGUGACAGAACACGACCUCCUGGGCUCUGAGGCUUGGCUUGAAGCCUACCACGACGUCAAUGUCACUGGUAUGCAGUCAUCCCCUCUGCAGGGCCGGGCUGGGGCCAUCCAGGCAGCCGUGGCCCUGGAGCUGAGCAGUGACGUGGUCACUAGCCUCGACGUGGCUGUGGAGGGGCUCAACGGACAGCUGCCCAACCUGGACCUGCUCAACCUCUUCCAGACCUUCUGCCAGAAAGGGGGGCUCCUGUGCACGCUGCAGGGCAAGCUGCAGCCCCAGGACCGGACGCCAGCGGGUGGGCCGCUGCGGGCUGCGCAGACGCUGCUACUCAUGCUUCUGCGGCAGGCCUCUGGCCGCCCCCACGGCGCCCACGGCCUCUUCCUGCGCUACCGCGCGGAGGCUCUAACUCUCCGUGGCGUCAACAGCUUCCGCCAGUACAAGUACGACUUGGUGGCAGUAGGCAAGGCUCUGGAGGGCAUGUUCCGCAAACUCAACCACCUCCUGGAGCGCCUGCACCAGUCUUUCUUCUUCUACCUGCUCCCCGCGCUCUCCCGCUUCGUCUCCAUCGGCCUCUACAUGCCCGCCGCCGGCUUUUUGCUCCUGGUCCUCGGUCUCAAGGCUCUGGAACUGUGGAUGCGGCUGCACGAGGCUGGAGUGGGCCCUGAGGAGGCUGGGGGGACCUCUGGGUCCAGCCCUGCCCGCCCUGCGACACAGCGCGUGGGGCUGGCCUCGCUCGUGGCGCCCUUGCUGAUCUCCCAGGCUGUGGGCCUGGCCCUCUACGUCCUCCCAGUGCUGGGUCAACACGUGGCCGCUGAGCACUUCCCCGUGGCUGAGGCCGAGGCCGUGGUGCUGACGCUGCUGGCCGUCUAUGCGGCUGGCCUGGCCCUUCCACACAGCACCCGCUGGGUGCUGAGCACAGAGGCCCCGGACAGGAGCUGGAUGGCGCUGAAGCUGGUGGCCCUGAUCUACCUGGCACUACAGCUGGCCUGCAUCACCCUCACCAACUUCUCCCUGGGCUUUCUGCUGGCUGCCACCAUGGUGCCCGGCGCUGCACUCACCAAGCCCUCCGGGCCCCGGCCGCUCUGCGCUGCCCUGCUGGUGCUCACAAGCCCAGCAGCUACGCUCCUGGGCGGCCUGUUCUUGUGGCAGCAGCUGCAGGAGGCACCGCUCUCCCUGGCCGAGGGCUGGCGGCUCUUCCUGGCGGCGCUGGCUCAGGGCAUGCUGGAACACCACACCUAUGGCGCCCUGCUCUUCCCGCUGCUGGCGCUGGGCCUCUACCCCUGCUGGCUGCUCUUCUGGAAUGUGCUCUUUUGGAAGUGAGGAAGGCAGGCGGGGAUCCCCCACACGUCCCAUGUUCUUGCUUUCCUGGGAAAUAAACAGUUCUGUUU